GGUCUUAAUGAGACAAACAAAUAAGACAGGUUGUGUGGUCGGUCUGGACCCUCGUUUAGGGGACUUUGUCGCGGCUCGCGCUCGGUUUAGUGUCCUCCAGGAAGUCUCAAAGAUGCUGCGUUUCACACAGAGACACAAAAACACCGGAGGUUGGACGGUUUUCCUCUCGAAACUCUUCCUGUCCGGACAACCCAAACACUCUGCUCGUCUUUUGUUUGUCUCCAUUUGAGCUGACAGCAGCAUGGACACCGGGGACAAAGAUAAUACCAAGUAUAAGUGGAUCCAGUGAGAAGGAAACCUGCAGGUGCUGCUUUAACAGGAAACAAAGAGCAGGUCUGUCUGCCUCACUCUGGAUCCCUGGUAACCAUGGAGACCAAGUUUGGGGAGAGACCAGAUGCAGGUGCCCUCAUCCGCAGCCCUCAGAGUGAAGCUGUGGCCAAUGAGCUGCAAGAGUUGUCCCUUCAGCCCGCCCCCACCCUGCCGCCUGUCAGAAAGAGGAAGGAAGUUCUGCAGCUGAAGCUACAACAGAGAAGGUCCAGAGCAGAGUUAGUCAACCAAGGGAUCAUGCCGCCCCUGAAAAGUUCAGCUUCCUUCCACGAACAGAGACGCAGCUUGGAGCGAGCGCGAACUGAGGACUAUCUCAAGAGGAAGAUCAAGAGUCGACCGGAGCGCUCUGAACUAAUCAGGAUGCACAUCCUUGAGGAGACGUCAGCGGAGCCGUCACUUCAGGCCAAGCAGCUGCAGCUGAAGAGAGCUCGCCUUGCCGAUGAUUUGAACGAUAAGAUCUCCCACCGGCCGGGGCCCAUGGAGCUGAUCCACAAAAAUAUCCUGCCUGUUCACUCCAGCAUUAAGCAGGCCAUUAUAGAGACACGGUUUCCAAAGCCUUCAGGUGAUAACUCGUCAUGUGAUGAAGACAGCAAUUACAGUUUGUCUCCAGAGCAGCCGAUGAGCCAGGAGUCUCCUCUGAGCCUGUUACCUCUGCCCUCUCCACCAGAGACGCAGGCUGGGAGCAGCAUCCCAUCACCAACACAAGUCUCCCCUCCUGCACCUCCCUUCCCCCCAAUCUCUGGCCCCUCCCCCUCAUUCAAGCUGACCAAUGGGACAGCAGCCUCAUCGAUCCAGAGGACAGGGGUGACUUUACAGAUAAAACCCCAGCUGAAACUAAACUCUGACCGCUCAGCGCAGAAACACAAGAAACCAAAAGACAACAAGCCAAAGAUUAAAAAGUUAAAAUACCAUCAGUACAUCCCUCCCGACCAGAAGGGAGAUAAAGAGCCUCCUCCCCAUCUGGACUCAUCUUAUGCCAAAAUCCUCCAGCAGCAGCAGCUCUUCCUGCAGCUCCAGAUCCUCAGUCAGCAGCAGCAGCACUAUAACUACCACGCCAUCCUGCCUGCACCACCCAAACCUCAGACUGAUCAGCAGCCACCUUCUUCUUCCUCCUCCAAUUCUACAAGCACCUCCUCCCCUGGUCAACUUGUCGCUGCUCCUUCAACAGCUCCCUCCAACCAGGGUGGUCACAACCGUCAGAGUUCAGCUCCUUUAGGUGGCACAAAACCAAUGUCUCUUCCUCCAAACCUGGAUGAAAUGAAGGUCGUAGAACUGAAGUCCGAGUUGAAGCUGCGCAGCUUGCCAGUCUCCGGCACCAAAAACGACCUAAUUGAGAGGCUGAGGACCUACCAGGAGCUGAAUGGAGGCAGCGACACUUCCUCCUCUCCGACAGCAGGGGGUACCACAGGGCCAGGGGCCGAAGGAGCAGGGAGAUCCUCCAAAUCUGGUGCAACCACCAACAACACAUCACAACAACAGCAACAGUUUCAGUGCUGUCAGACGUCAUCACUGACCGCUGAUGCAGGUAGCAGCGUGACCACUCCUCAGCAGCUCAUGACACAUGGUGGCACCGCCUCCACCCCAGCUGUCUCGCUCACCCCCUCUGACCGCUCACCAGGCGUCAUGAGCCCAGAAGAUACCGGCUUUAACAGCGACCCCUUGGGAGAAUUGAUGAGAUCCCCUCUGAGCCUCCAGCCACGUACAGCUGCUCAGCUUGCAGCCAACAUUAAAGAGGAGCCGAAGUGUUCGACCCCAGCACCUUGUCAAUUCUCUUCACAGCCAGCCUCUCUGCAGAAACACUGCCCGGUCUCAUCACUAACCACUACAACAUCAGCUCCAGUAGACAAAGACAGGAUGCUGCAGGAGAAAGACGAGCAGAUAGAAGAGCUGACCCGGAUGCUGAGGCAGAAGCAGAGGCUGGUGGACGUGUUGAGGAUGCAGCUGGAGCACGGGAACAGAGGAGCGCCAGAGCCGCUGGUUCUUCUAAGAGUUAAACAAGAACCCCCUGAUAAGCCCAGCGUCCCUGUCUCAUUCCCGACUCCUCCACCAUCCAUUUCGCGUGAGAUGGAUGUUAUCAAGGUAACUGUCAAACAGGAAGCCAUGGAGGCAGAGGAAGUUGCGAGUGAGGCAACAGUGCGAUUACUAGACAAUCAUAGAUUACCGCAAUCUUUGACCCAAACUCAGGAGACACAGCAGCAGAUUCACGUCCAAAUGAAACCGGAGCAGACGAACACACAGACAAAACAACAACAUGUGUGUCUGCAACAAACUGCUCUGCAGCUGAGACAGCAUCAGGCCAUACAGAAACUUUUGCUCCAACAGCAGCACAACAUUCACAACCAGCAGCAGACGAUUCAAAACUGUCAGACGGCAGAGAACCUGCGGACCCUUUCUCAGCAGAGGAAGAAGAAAUCUCACAAACAGCAGCUCAAACAACUCCAGCAGCAGCAGCAGCAACUGUUGCAGUCACAACAGCAGCACCAACAGUCAAAACAACAUCAGCAGCAGAUGCAGCUGAAGCAACAGAUUCUACUGAAGCAACAGAAAUCGUUUUCACAGGAGCAACAGCAGAAUAAACAACUGCAGCAAAUCCAGAUUCAGACCAAGAUACAUCUGCAGCAACAACAGGUGCAGCAGCAGACAGCACAGGUGUCUCAAGCACACCUCAGCCAGCAGUCAGCCUCAGCUCCCUCUUUCCCUCGGGAUCAUCUCAAGAGCGACUCCACACCAACUCUGGUCUCCGACUGCAACGGCAACCACUUCUUGAUUGCACUGACCAAUCACAUCACUGAGAACCAAAGAACUGAUGCACCUGGGAACAAAGCAACCAGUCAAAUCACACUCCAGCGACUACAGUCGACUCCGGCCAAGCUCCCGAGCCACAAACCUGUUCAGCUGCCUAAAGCUGAUAAUCAAACCAAACAGAGCACGCACAUGGGAUUUAUGAAACGAGAGACAAAGAAUGAGGGACCUCAAGUAUCUACAGACACACCUCAGCAGGACGUUGCUCAGUGUUUGUCAGCACCUCCCAGCCUGCAGCCUUUCUUCAAGGACCAGGAGACUGCUCCCUCACCAUCACCUCAAACUGAGUUGUGUCCGAGUCUUGAUGUCUUGUUUAGUCCUCUAUCUCCAGCUUCCAUUAAGACAGCUGCUUCAUCGCCUGAUAACAAAGAUACAGAGCAUGAAGAUGAUUUUAUUGACAUCAUUUUGCAGACAGGAGAAAUGUCCACCACCUUCAAACCAGCACCAGACCCUUCUCCGGACCAUCUAAAUCCACACUCGUCUCUUCCUCCCUCCCCACUCCAGCUGUUGCUAUCACCCGCCAUCCCACCCAGGUGUGACACCCCAAAGUCGGCCCCGUCGAUGCAGUCUGAGCCUCAGACUCUGGCCGACCCGACAGAGGAGAAACAACACAUCAGCAGCGCCGGAAGUGGACGCCUAGAGGACUUUCUCGAAAGCACCACCGGUAAGCCUCUCCUGGGGGUGGAGCCUGGAGGCCUGUUGACGUUAAUUGAUGACCUCCACAGUCAAAUGCUGUGCACCCCCAGCAUCCUGGACCAUCCCUUGUCUCCCAUGGAUACCUUCGACAUGGCAGCGGAGGGGGAGCAAGGGCUGGACGGUAUGGACUGGUUGGACGGUAUUGAACUGGUUGGAGCGAGUGGAGAGGAAACCCCCACACUGGCCCCACUCUGCCCCCAAACACCCUCUAGUGUCUUUUCCACUGACUUCCUGGACAGUUCUGACCUGCAGAUACACUGGGACUCCUGCUUGUAGUCGAACACAGGACUCGGUUGCACUUCGCUAGUUACACACAUGUACAAAAACAUUGACUGCUGAGGCUUCAGUAUCUGAUUAGAGCACUCUUUCUCUGUCUUCUCACACUCUGGUGUAUUGAAUCUUCAGGCACUUUGACCUUUAUUUAUUUAAUUGACACUCUGGUGUAUUGAUUCUUUGUGCAGACACUUAUUAGGCAGGUUCCUAAAUCUGUUCUGGCUUCUUCAGCAACAGUUUGAUGACAUGUUAGAGGGACUGAUGUGGAUUUGGACCUGAUAGCUGAUGUGACAUUUUAACUGAGCCAUGAACUUGUUGCUUACAUACGUAUACAUUAAUUUAAUUUUUUUCUUGACUCCACGUUACAAUGAAGGAGUAGAUUGUUUUCUGUGACCUUUGUCUAAUUAGGACUGCAACUCCUUAGUUGCCCUUUGUUGUAACGAUAAUCAAUAGUUUACCACUACAACUAAUCAAUAACAAAAGUUAAGGUAAAGACAAUGAUUUUCUAGUAACAUCAUAGUUAUAGGAUGAACUAGAGAUGUUUGCAGACAAGCUGCCCACUGACGUGGCCAUAUUUUGAAAGACGUAAUUUGAGGUGUUUUUUUCUGAUUCUGUUUUUCGAAACAUUGUGACAGUGUCCAUGUUUUAGACAUAAUUUUGGUUCUUGUGCAGGUUACAGCACUGGAAGUUUUACUAGAGUUUGUAUCCUAUGGGACAUUACAGUACAACUGUAUCAUUUAAAAAGUUAUGAUACCAAUGCCAUUGACAAGGUGAUACCGAUACCAUUAAUGAGUGACAUGGGCUGAAAAUGAUUUUGCGAUAUUUUUAGGCUAUAUCUCGAUAUGCAAUAUAUAUCUCAAUAUUUUUGAAUAUCUGAUAUGAGAAAAUCUAAUACCAAAAUGUUGUGGGCUAAAUAUCUAUUGAUAUUUCAACGAUGAUGUAAGGUUGACUAUCGGUGCUCUCACAAUUAAUCUCAUUAUUUACACCAUGAGAUUUUUGAUAGAUGAUCUGGAUAUACUAUAGUAAGAUCUUAAUGUGGAUAUAAGUGGGUAAGGACAAAUAUAUUGACAACACUUUAAUUUGUAGUUUUAUCAUGUUUGAGAAAGAGAUUUGCAAGAAGUAUCAUGAAUUCUCCUCAGUUAAAAAAAAAUACUGAGCACUUCGCAGCAGUCAGUGUUAAUGACUGUGUACUCAGGAUGCUGCGGUGACAGAAAAGCACACGAUGUUUCUUUGUUAGAAUGUAUGAGAGUGUAUUAAUAUGACUUAUCGCAGAUAAUUUUAAAAGAUAAAAGAGUGUUAGAGAUAUGUCAUAGAGAUGCCUGCCUUCUCUCUAGUAUAAUGAGACUUGAUGGCAACAUUUAAAAAAAAACUCAACAGCAAUGUCUUUUUUCAGAAAUCAUGAUCCGAUUACUCAAGAUAAUCCACUGACCUUGUUGUGAGCAGUUUCAUGUAGGAACUAUUUUCUUUCUACCAAACUACACCCAGCAACGGUAUCACUGCGCAGGGGGAAGCAUGCAGUACAAUGGUCCAAUUUAUCUGGGACAAAGGCUUGAUAUUAAAGAAAUAUUUGAUA